UCUGUGUGUGUCCAUUUGUAUCUGUGCCUUCAUGCAUUUGUCUACUUGUGUGAUUUAACACACCGCCAGGAUUAGCAGCAAGACUCAGAGACACAAGCAGAGUUUUGGACCGUAACGGUUCCUGAUUCUUUGGCUUGGUCAUGGUCAGCAGCUUUACCCACAAUGCCAGUGUUUUACUCACCUGUCCCAGAGAACCUGCAGUUGGGCCUGAGCUACAUGGGAGGCUCAGUGUUCACCAACAACAGGACAGCAGACAGCGACUUCAGCAGGGAGCAGGAGGACGCCAACGGUGGGUCACUGUUUCAACUCAUUAUCUACAGCUAAAGGACAAUAGUAAGAUUAGAGGUGAAUAGGUGAAUGAUCAACAAAAACUAUUCUGAAGCUCCUGUGAGCAGCUUUAGCUGGCUCAACAACAAACAGAAUUGAAGUAAAACUGUGUUUCUGCUCCAAUACUUCUAUAGUGUUCAGCAAUGUGCAGUUUUUAUGCAGAUGUGUAGCUCUGUCUUGCACCAUCUGUUACUGCCACCCUAUCAGGUACAUGCAUUAUAGUUAAACUUAGCCUGCAGUGGUUAUAAUAGUUGAUGGACAGACCUUCUGCCAACACUUAUUUUCGCAGCCCUCCCUGCUGGUCACUUGUCAUAAAUCAAAUAGUCUUUUCAGUCAAACUAGCUCGCUGUUUAUUCAAAUGCAUAAUUGUAACCAUAAGAGGGGAACAGGCAUUAAAGAGUGGUGCUGCUAGACUACUCCCUGCUAUGUUAGCAUGCUUUGUUUAAGGAAGCAGGGAACGCCAUCUUUGGCAUAAGAGAAUACUCUUCCCUGUAUUUUACUGUGUAUUGACCACGGUGGUGUGUAAGUGUUUGUCACUUUUUAAAGAUGAUAAUUUUUUUUUUUUUUAAAGAAGGUGUCUUCAGCACCAGAUUUUACAGACGGGUUGAGUGGUCUAUUUGAUUAAAGACCAUCUGCUUAGAUUAUUUUACUGAAAGAUGCUUCUGCCAAAAGUGUGAGUGCUUCAUGUCAUCUAUUUCUUGAAAGAGUAAAAAGGAAAAGUAUAAAUGUCCUUGUCUGUAUACAUUACGCAAACCGCCACAUGAACUUCUCAAAACUAAAACUUAUAUAAACUGGUCAAAUACCUGUGUGCGUAUUUUGCUCAACAUAACACAUCUUUAACUUACUUCUCUGGUGUCCAAAUAUCAAAUAUUGACUAUCUUGCUACAUUUCAAUAUCUAAAAUUUUAAAAACUCUGGAGAAUUUUUAGCUGGUUAUACAACUGUUAAAACUGAUGUAUCUAUUUCAGCUCCAAAAGCUGUUGUUGUUCCUCGUGUGUAAAAUUUCUCAUGUAGGGUCAGAUGCCAGUUUUUGUGAUUUACAAUAUCCUACUAAAACAAGACUUGUUGUACAUUAUGCAUAGAAAAAUUUCAAUUGACUCAAACAUUUCUAAAAACAAAGUCAUGUGAAAUUUGAAAAAUUAAUGCACUUACAGGACAAAAUCAGCAAAGACAUAAGACACACUGCUUUGACCACAGUGGGGUGCCAAAACCAACCCAAAUGAAAAAGUUUCUCACAGAUAAUAUAGAAUAAUAAAAAUCAUCACAAAGAAUAUAAGAUGAUGAUACAAGUUUGUUUGUUUUUUUUUUUUUUUUGUCUUGCAGUGGUCAACGAGCUGGUUUCCCAUCUUCCCCUGCAGAUGCUGCUCUACUUCAAUAUGUUUUACUUCCCUUGCUGGUGGUUUGCUGCAAGUUUUAUGUUGGAAGUAAAGGUCAGUCACUUGAAAACACCUCAAAUUAAUCUUUUUUAAGCAUUUCAAUUCAAUCAACUCACUGGUAAAGUCUUAAAGGGAUAUUACGGUGUAAAUUUAAGUUAUGGCCUAACACACCACGACACAGAGUUAGACACCCCCUCAAGAGAUGAAUCUUGCUGACUGCUUGCUUCUCUAGUUAUACCAACAGCCGCUUGUUUGUGGGGGAGCCCUGAUGAGUCGAUCACCGAGUGAGACGUAGACCGCUGUGUAUUGCUAUCGUGCGGUCGUUGCUGAAGUUGGUAUAACUGGAGAAGCAAGCAGUCGGCAACAUUCAUCUCUCGAGGGAGUGUCUAACUCGGUGGUACUGUGUGUUUGACCAUAACUUAAAUUUACGCUGGAAUAUUUAAGACUUUACCAGUGAGUUGAUUGAAGUUUUAAGUUUUGACAAACUUGAUCCUGUAUGUGUUUGUUCUCACUUUCCUUCUCCAAGUCAACAGCAAUUUUUGAAAUGAGAUACUGAUUAAUUUCAGGACAUUUUCAUCCUCACUUUUUAGCUGCAUGCAGUCACAGGAAAUGAUUCAGUCCAUGAAAAGGCUCUGCAGGAAAACCAUACUUGUGCAAACAGAAUAUACUGUAAUAGCUUUAAUGAGGACAUCUAACAUGUUCAGAAGUGACAGAUGCUUUUUUCUACCUCCCUGACUCACUGACAUCCAGCUCUCCUUCACUCCCAGUUCUAUUAUCUCCCCGGGUACUACCAGGCCCUCCUCAUCACUGGGAUGAUCCUCCUCACAGUCAUCGAGGUGGUCCGGCUUUAUCUGGGCUACAUCGGAAACCUCAAAGAAAAGGUAAUUCAGAGCUGCAUCCUGUCUGGGACACAGUGCACAGCUCUUUUGUGGACUUCUGAAUAGCACAGGGGGAGGGAAUGGCUGCAUUAGUAUUCUCCUUUAUGUCUGAGAGUGUGAAGGUGCAUCUGUGUGGGGAACAACUCCACUGAUAUUGGCAUAUUUGGAGUUAGGACAGGAAGCUGAAAUGCUGCAAUAAUCUUGUACUGCUUUGCUUCAAAUUAUAAGUCAUUAAUGUAGAAAAUGUAGCAAGAUAGUCAAUUUCAUGUUUCAACUAAAAAGCCAAUUAGCCUUGAAAAACUGUCUGAACAACAAUCAAUACUUUAUGUGGACCAGCAUUUUUAAUAACCUUUAUCUACCAUCAGACAGCAGCUAAUGUGAGGCUUGUAAGAGUAAAUGUUCAGUGAAUUAGCAUCCCUGAGGAGGAGUAUGAUGAGUUUGAAUUCACAGUAAAUCUUCAGUUUUUGACCAUGCUUCAGAGGGGUGCUACAGCCAGUUCACUGGUUACUACCUAUUUCAUGUUGGAUGGCAGCCAGAAUCAAAAACCAUUACCACCCUCAAUGAAUUAAAUCACUACAGGGUAUUUAACUUUCAGGAUAAUAAUAACAUUUUAUUAUAGAAUAGUUAUCAUCAUUAACAGCCCUUAUGCUAACAUAACAUUUAGAGAGUGUUAAAGGCAUCAAAACCCUUCCUGUUGUUAGAAAUAAAAACAACAGAUAUCUCUAUCUCUACAUGCAUAUUAGCAUUAAAUUGUGCCAAGUAAUUUACCAGCUGGUGUCUGAUCAUUAUAAUUUGCUAACUUCCCUUUUUUAGUACAACUUUCGACAUAAACAGAAAAACACAACUUUGAUAAAACAGUUUUUUAGCUCCCCACCUUGAGCGCGGCAGCUGUGCAAAUUUAAUAAUGACCUGCCUGCUCUAUCUUUGACUCAUAAUUUGACCUAACCAUCUCUCCGCCUCCUCUCCUUCCCUGUUAUCAGGUACCGGAGCUGGCGGCCUUCUGGCUCCUGUCUUUCAUGUUCCAGCUGCCGGUGCUGCUCUUCUUCCUGACCGAUGAAGGAAUUAUCAUCCUGCCUCUGGAGAGAGCUGUCCACUCCCUCUACCUCGUCUUCCUGCUGGCAGAGAUCCUGGCCUCCUUCCUGGCCCUCAGGACCAUGACUCGAAAGCUGACCCUUCUCUUCUACCUGCGGCAGUUUGGCAAAGUGGAGAGCUUCCAGCACGCCAGGAUGAGCCCCGUGUACGGACUUUCAUACCACCGCAGUGUGUUGCCUGUGUCACCGGCACAUGAUCUGUACAAUUAA